AUGACAGAGGAGCUUCGUCGUUUAUCCAAAAAAGAAGAAAUAUUGUGGAAUUUACUGGAGCAUUUGGAUGAUUUUCUGCACGAAUACGAUGAUGAUCGGGAUCAUUGUUCACUGCAACCACGAUUGAAUAAACUGGAUGAGGCGUACAACACAUUUUGUGAUCUGCGCACUCAGAUCGAAGUGAUCACGGAAGAUCUUGAUGCUGAAAACGAUUCUGAAGGUGAAGAUGGGAAAAGAAAAUCUCGGAGAAUCGAAUACAAGCAAGUGUUCAAGGAUUUCAUGAACCAGUAUUUUUCAUUAAAACAACGGCUGCUGUCUAGAAUAGAGACUAACCCUGUUCAAACAAUUUACCAAAGAUCCCCUGUUUCUGAUCCAACCAUGCCAUGUCACACGAGAUACCCAGAGCUGACACUGCCGACCUUCUCCGGAGAGUUUUCGAAUUGGAUCAACUUCCGGGAUAAUUUUAGAUCGUUGAUACACGACAAUGCGCUGUUGAAUGAUAUGGAUAAGUUCAACUACCUCCGUACGUCGUUGAGAGAUGAUGCGCUUAUCCAGAUCAAUCAGAUUUCGGUAUCAUCAAUCAACUACGGCCUAGCUUGGAGCAUAUUGGAAUCCAAAUACGAAAACCACAAGUUGAUAGCCCAAGAGCACCUGAAAGCGCUCUUUACAGCACCUGCCAUGCGGACAGAAAGUUUUGAAGGGUUGAAUGCGUUGCUAACGACAUUCAGAACUAAUCUCCAACAGUUGGAAAAAUUGGGCCAAAACACCAGCAAUUGGAGCACCUUGUUGGCAUUCAUGCUAUCGCAAAAAUUGGACAUAGAUACAUAUCGUAUGUGGGAAACUCACCAUGCUUCAAAAAACGUGCCUUCAUAUGACGCCAUGGUUCAGUUCCUUGAAAACCAGUGUUCGAUUUUACAAUCAACGGCCAAUCGAGGUGGAAACGAAGACCAUCGGAACCCGAAAGCUCCCAUCUGCAACAGCGCGAUUGCUGUAGAGAGAACAUGUCCUGUCUGUAGAAAUGGACCACACAUUACCGAAGAAUGUUCGAGAUUCAGCAGGAUGAGAGUGAUCGAUCGAAAGGUUUUAGUCCGAAGGUUGGGCCUUUGUUUCAACUGCUUGGGUUCCGGACAUUUCGUAGCAGAUUGUUCACAUAAUUUCUGUCUAAAAUGUGGUCAACGCCAUCAUUUUCUCUUGCAUCCGUACUCUCCAAACCAAAGCAGCCAGCUGUACACGCAAAGCUACUCUCAAUCUCCACGAAGACCUCAACGCGCGAAUAGUGAAUCAGAAAGGGAAACUUACACGCAACAGAAUCAGUCCCAGAUGAACAGCUUCCAAUCUUCACAAAACAGCUCUCAAACAACACAGCCACCUCCCACGCCCUCUGUUAGUCACCACACUCUACUCAGUACACAAUCACACUCCCAUAAUGCUAUCCUGUCAACAGCCGUUGUUAUGCUUGCCGAUAACAGCGGAAACACUAUCAAAGCCCGUGCAUUAUUAGAUAAUGGAUCUCAGAUCUGUUUGCUGACUGAAAGGUUGUCACAGAAGCUGAAGUUUGAACGCUGUCGGGAAAAUCGUCAAGUGAAAGCAGUUGGAGGUGCAGUAAAUUUAGCGAAAGAGUCUGUUUCUGGCCUUAUUAUUUCAUGUACAUCGUCGUUUAGAACUUCAGACAUCAAAUUCUAUGUGCUUCCCCGAAUAACGAUGGAUCUACCACAGAGAAGUUUCGAUGUCAGCACAUGGAACCUUUCUCCGUCCACCAGCUUGGCAGAUCCAACGUUCAACGAAUCCAGUUCAAUUGACAUGGUGAUCGGCGUUGCCACUUUCUACGAAUUGUUGUUGGCGGAACAGAUCAGGAUCACAGAUUCCGGCCCAUUCCUUCAGAAUACCAGACUGGGAUGGAUUGUCGCAGGAGAGUUGCCAGAAGCGCAAGAUAUGUGUUCAUUGUCGGCUGAAAUUCAAGAACAUGACGGAUGGAUUCAAUACAUUUUCGGAUUCCCAAUGGACCACAUUUCACCAGAAAGUGAUAACGUACGAAACCCGUGGAUUCGACGAGACAUCACACUCACCAGUAUCAUCACGGACUACCAGACCCUUCCAGACGUCCCCUCCGGACAUGUGGCCAUGUUUUAA